CCGCCUCGGCGCGCAGGUGGAGCGGGGCCGCCGCACGCACCGCCCAGCCCAGCCCAGCCUAGCACAGCCCAGCCCAGCCUAGCACAGCCCAGCCCAGCCCGGGAGCAGCCCUGCCGCCCGCCCUCGCCCCGCCCCGCCCCGCUCCGCCGCAAGCCGGCAGCACCGCGGCGGGACUGCCCGGGGAUGCAGCCGCGCUAAGAACAAAAGCCCCUUCUCCGCCGUCACGCUCCGGGGUUUUAAAGCGGCCCCGGCCCGGCUAAACUUGGAUCUCUACCCCCCCUCCCGCCCAACCGCGGCGGCGUCCGGAUUGAACUGCCCGGCGCCUUCCCCGCGGGCAGCGGCAGCGCCCGCGGACCCGGGGCUCCCGCCGUCCCGCCGGGGCUGCCCGCGGAGGGGGGGGCCGCGCCCCGCACCGCGCCGCCCCGGGGACCCCGCCGCGGGACCUUGCCUUCGCCCUUCGCACGGCAGGUGGCGGGGCCAGCGGAGAAGGAUGCGUUUCUUCCCGUGGGGAUUUUGGCUGCUGUGUGUCGCCUCCGCCCCGGCUCGCGGUGACAGCGGCAGCAAGGCGAGGAGCUGCGCCGAGGUCCGGCAGCUGUAUGGGGCCAAGGGCUUCAGCCUCAGCGGCGUGCCCCAGGCCGAGAUCUCCGGGGAGCACCUGCGAAUCUGCCCGCAAGGCUAUACCUGCUGCACCAGCGAGAUGGAGGAGAAUUUUGCAAACAAAAGCCGAAGUGAAUUUGAAGCCAUGAUGAAAGAGGCUGGUCGCUCUGUGCAGACAACUCUAACAGCGCAGCACAGAAGCUUUGACAGUUAUUUCCAGGAUUUGUUGAACAAGUCAGAAAAGGCCCUUUAUGAUGCUUUUCCAAGCAUGUAUGGAGAAUUGUACACUCAAAAUGUGAAGGUCUUCAAGGACUUGUACAGCGAGCUACGCCGCUAUUACCGGGGCUCCAACAUCAACUUGGAAGAGGUCCUCAAUGAGUUCUGGACACGCUUGCUGGAGCGGCUCUUCAAGCUGAUGAAUCCCCAAUACCAUAUCACAGAUGAGUACCUGGACUGCAUGGUGAAACACGCAGAGCAGCACAAACCCUUUGGGGAAGUUCCCAGGGACCUGAAGGUGAAGGCAACCCGAGCCUUCAUCGCGGCACGCUCCUACGCGCAGGGCUUUCUAGUGGGCAGCGACGUGGUCAAAAAGGUGUCUCAGGUAUCUCUCAGCCACGAGUGCACUCGCGCCAUCAUGAAGCUGAUGUACUGCCCGCACUGCCGGGGCAUGUCCAGCGUGAAGCCGUGCAACAACUACUGCCUGAAUGUCGUGAAGGGCUGCCUGGCCAACCAAGCGGACCUGAACACCGAGUGGAAGUACCUGAUGGAUUCCCUGGUCGUAGUGGCUGAUCGAAUUGACGGACCGUACAACGUAGACACUGUAAUAGGGACCAUUCAUAUGAGGAUUGCUGAAGCUAUUUCUAACUUGCAAGAAAACAAAGAUUCGAUCACAGCCAAGGUUUUCCAAGGCUGUGGAAAUCCCAAAAUCAGCACAAAAGGCUCCAGCAGCGAGGACAAGAAGAGGCGGGGGAAGGUCGCGUUGGAAGCAAAAUCCUCUGCUCAAGCACUGGAGAUGCUGGUUUUAGAUGCCAAAGGGAAUCUGACAGCUCUCAAGACUUACUGGAUCACCCUGCCUGGCAGCCUGUGCAGCAAAAAAGUAAUGGCCAGCUCAGCGGCUGACAGCAAGUGUUGGAAUGGGAUGACCAAGGGCAGUUACCUGCCCGAAGUGAUGGGGGACGGUUUAGCUAAUCAGAUUAACAACCCGGAGGUGGAGGUGGACAUCACCAAGCCCGAUAUGACCAUUCGCCAGCAAAUCAUGCAGCUAAAGAUCAUGACAAACCGGCUGGGCAACGCUAACAUCGGGAACGACGUGGAUUUCCAAGAUGCAAGUGACGACGUGAGCGGCUCCGGGAGUGGUGACAGCUGUCCUGAUGAUGUCUGCGGCAAAAGACUUUCUAAGAGCCCCAGCACCAGGCAGCCAGAAACGCACGCCAUUCCUAAGCAGUCUGGACACGGCAUCAAUGGGGCCAGCAGCAGAUCUUUGCCUUCAACCUUCCUCCUCCUCCUCCUCUCGGUGGCUUUCAUUGCCGCGCAGCACUUGUGGCGGUAACUCACUAGCACAGCCAGGAAAGAGACUGCGGCCGAGGGCUUCACUUUGCCAAAACCAACCAACCAACCAAAGGACAUAUUUAAUUCACCUUGGCAGGAAAAAAAAAAAAAAAAAAAAAAAAGAAGAAGAAGAGGGAGGAGAAAAAGGUUAAAAGGUUUCAGUUGUUUGCUAUUUCUGGCAGUGCUCGAGCUGUUUUCUUCUUUCUUGGUCUUUUCCCCAAUGCUGGGCCCUUCUUUCCGUACCUCAUUGUUUUACUUUUGUUUUUACCACAAACUGGCUCUCGGGGCUGAAACGACCCUUUUCGGAGAGGCCUCGGGGGGGGUCCCAGCCGGCCCCUCCCAGGGCAGCUCUUCUGCUGCCUCCAGCGGAACACGCAACUGCCCUGAGCUCGUCGCCCAGCCGCUGGCCAGAGCCGCCUACCCGACAGCCGCCGAAAGCACGACGGCGCCGCGAGCAGCACCGCUUCGCAGUGCCGAGACCGAGGCUCUCGGCGCUCCUCGGGUGCUGCGGCCAGGGGCUCUUGCGGGUUUUCCCUCUGUACUUCCUAGGCAGGCAGGGGUGGCCUCUCGCUGCCACUGGCGCACGUAGGAGCGUGAGCAGGUUUGGUGUGUUGAACUGAAACAGUUUGGCAGUGGCUGUUGGACCCAAAAACGCAGAACUCCCUUUUUCUUUGGAAAGGUCACAAGUGGGUUUCUUGACUAGAGCUCGUAGCUGAUGACAAUUUGAAAUGUAGGUCUCCUACAUGUAAGUGACUGGGAAUGAGUGUUAGGGGUUGGGGUGUGGGGUAUUUUUUCUUUGCAUGCUAGUUGGAAAGCCAUUUUUUACCCAAGUAAUAAUGGUCCAAUUUCUACCUGCAGUGCAGUACCGUCGUAGGUAACAGAGAGAUGAAAAUAUGCGCAGUGGGAUUCUCCACUUGACAGACAGUUGUGCUGACACCUCCUCCUCCUCUGGCCCCGGCUGGGGAUGGGAAUCCCUCUUUAUUUUUUUUUUGGUAAUAAGAAAAAAACAGGGACUUUUUACUAACUGGAGUGUUGCAGCUGGUGGUGAGAGCUCACACCAGGCGCGUGCGGGAGUGACGCUGCCCCGGGCAGAGAGAGGCUGGCAGAGAUUAGCCCUGGGCAGCGUCCCGGCCCAGGAGACUCACUCAAGGUCACACCUACCAGGGAGGGAUGUGAGGACGGGACACGGUUUUGUUUGGGAUUUUUCUUCUGGUGUUUGUUCCUGUUGCGUUGUAGGUUUUUGAGUGAAUUCCCCCUUUCCCCAUCCCUUCCCUGUCCUCCCACGCACCUUCCCUUCGCUGCAGGGACGGGGUGAGGCGGCGGGUCCGGUUUGGCUCAGGGAAGGGCCAGGCUCACCCUCUGCCCCCCAUCCCACCGCACACCAGCCUCUGGCUCACGCGGGCGGCUGCCCUGACCCCAAAAUGCUUGGUGGGGCAGGCUCUGUGCCGGGUUUUGAGACUGGGGGUGGUGGGUGAAAGAUACAAAUAUCCUCACGUAGCUGUAGGAGUGUCUGUGCUUGUAGGGCUGUGUGCUUCAGGGCUUCCAGAAGGCUUCUGUGCCUGACGGGUACGGCAAGCAUCGGCUGGAGGUGUAGGUUUAGCAGGUGUUAUAGAUACAACACAGUCACUGGGACUGGGUGGGCCGAGAGCGUGCCCAGGGGUUGGGCUUCAUUCGUACGGGGUUGGGCUUGAGUUUCAACUGUGUUUGUACCGCGGGCGAGAGGGAGGGCAGAGAUGUAUCUGUCUCCUACUUUACUGGUCUGCACAGCAAAUGUUUGAGCAUUUCCCCUCUGUCCUGCCAGAGGAGACGUGUCUUUGGGCUGAGCAAACAUUAUGGGGUUGGGGUUUGGCUGUUUUCUAAGAAAGGGGAAAAAAUACAUUUUAAACAUUAGCAGUUUCUAGAAUGUGCAAUUUAAGGGAAGACGAGAACAUGAGCAAGGUAACGCCGAGAGCCGGUGCGGGCAGGCGUGGAGGGAGCCUUACCCGGGCGCCAGGUGACGACGCUGACGGUGCCUCAAACUAGGCAGAGAUUUUAGGCCAGCUCUGGCUGGCUUCUCCAAGUCACAGUGAGUGGUGUUACUGCCCCGCACUCGCCACCUUGUAAGGUUAAAACUGAUCUAAUCUGGUAAGGUUUCAGAGAUGAAAGCCAGGAUGCUGGACAUUGGCUAAAGGACGGACAACGCCACUAGACCCGUCAGAACCCAGGAGUGGAUAAAUGCAAGUCACGGAUUUACACCAUUUCAUUUACUUCUAGAAAUAUGGCAAGUUCCAUGUUACUUUUACUGCUCUAAAGAGUUCCUAUCUUUUUUUUUUCUUUUUUUUUUUUUUUUUAACCAGAAUUGCCAAUACAAAUUUAACCUUCAGUUACAGAAAUCCCCACAACCAGUUCUGCAGAAACUUUACAUCCAAAGGAAAAAAAAAAAAAAAAAGGACGGGGGGUGGGCAUUAAAACAUUGUAACCUCUUCAAAAAAUGGUUGGGUUGGAUUGGAAUUUUAACACAUGGAUGCCGAAGUCAACGUUUUGCUUUGUGGAAUGGGAGCUUGAAAGGAAAGUCCUUGUCAUUUCUGUUUCUGUGCCAUUAGCCUUUGCUGUCUGUCUGUUACCCUCAAAAGCUUCUUACAGGCCCCAAGGGGAACACACCUUAAAUGUGAAGCCACGAAUUUACUGAUUGUCCAGUUCAUAUUUUAACAAUUUAAUAGCUCAAACUAUUGGUCCUGUUACAACAAUAGAACCUGACAGCCCAAACUGACAAGGCAAAGCCUCAAGGAUGCGAGUGAAAACUAUUAUGCAGGAGACACCCUCCCCGAUGCCUUCCCCCUUUGGCUGGGGUUGAGCUCCCACUUCAGCCUCGUUCUGGGCCCCGAGCGGGGGCUUGGACCCCGCCGGCACCCUGAGGUCUGCGCGGGGGGCGAGGGCGGUGCCGGGGGCUCUUCCCCCUCCUUGCCAGGAGGCGCGUGAUGUUGGUGUUGAUGCUUCCUCCCUCCUCAGCCCUGGGCGCCCUCGGGUUUAUUUUGUGUCCCUUUUCACACACUCUGCCUACGCUGCUGCUUUCUGUCGGUUCCUGGUUAUUCAGUUUUUCUGGUGGUUCAGUAUUUCUGUUCUCUUUGUUGCCCUGAAGCGGUUUCCCCGACCUGCUGCAAUUCGGUGGCCCGGGGCUGCACUUGGCCACGCCACCUUCCGCUGGGGAGCCAAAAUGGUCGAGGCCCCUCCCAGGUAUCGACUCGGUAUUGCUCAAACCUAAAGCAAACCUAAAGCAAACUGUAGUUACCCGACUGCUAGACAACUGCUGGCACGGCUCAACAAGCUGAAGUCGGCCCAGGUCCAGACGAGCCCCGAGCCUGCGCUCGGGCUGGCACAGAGCCUGGGGCCUUUCAGUGCUCAUAAAUGACAUUUUCUGGGCUACUGCCUGCUCAAAAACGUGGUGACAAAGCUCCCGUCCGCGUGGCGGGCUGAGGGCUGCAGCCACGGCGGGGGCUGGCGGCUGCCGUGGGCCGGUUGUGUGAACGGGGAGCUGUGGGGAACGAGGGUGGCUGGGGAGGAACGUUUGCUUCGAGGUUAUCGAGGCAGCGAGUCGGGGUGUUCUGGUUUGAAAAGGCCUCGUACUUCAUGGAGGUGCGGAGCGGGGACUAAUGGUCUAGGAAAAAAUAUUAACAAGGACCUCUGUCCCUGGAAAGGGGAGAACCAGAAAUAGUGGAUUGCCAAGUGUCUCUGUCUUUCAGCCUGCUCUUUUGUGCCAUAAUGUGUUUGUUUUAACUAAGGGCGAGGGUCUCAGAAGGCUUUGAGAGCGCAGCUACUUAUCAUUUACAAAUGACAAACUGCCUGUUGUUUUCCGGUGGGCUUGGUAGGGGCUAAGGUAUAGCAAAAUAUCUAAAGUCCACCUUUGCUUUAAACAGAUGCAUUUCUAUCUGCAGGAGUAAGAAUUAUUUCACUUAUUGGCAUAGCUGGACAGUUAUCUAUUUCUUUCUGUUACCAAGGUACCUGUAACUCUCUUGCACUGUUUAUCUAAAGUUGAAAUAUGUUCUUUGAAUCCUUGUAUAAAUAAAAAGGCUGGAGGCUUAAAUCUGUA